UCAUGCCGAUCUGUCUGCUGUUGGACACCACUCACACAUGGCAGCGUUAUGUAGACUCCAUUGAACAGUUUUCUGUGGCCGGCUGGGGCAAGACCGAAACGGAUUUGAUAAGCCCCGUUCUCCAGACUGCAAAUGUCUCGCAGAUCGAACGAUUCAGCUGCCGGGCUGACAUUGGCUAUGAUGUCAAUCAGAGGCACAUCUGUGCGGGGGAUCCUGCUCGCCAUUCGUGUGCGGGCGACUCUGGGGGCCCAUUGGUUGCCACAGUAAGCUAUGAACUUGUCGCCUAUAACGUUCAGUUCGCGAUUGUCAGCUAUGGCGAGAUCCCAUGCAAGGGCGUCAGUGUAUUCACGAAUGUUAGAAACUAUAUUCCGUGGAUCGUAGAGACCAUAAACAAUGCAAAUUAUGUGGCAUAAGAAACAUAUGA